GCACAACAUGACGUGACGUCACGCCAGCCAAAUGGAGUCACAGGCUGCCCGGAUCCUGCUCCUGGAACCCUUCUACGGGGGUUCCCACAAGCAGCUGCUGGACCUGCUAAGUGCCCACCUGGACUCCAGCGUGGCCUUCACCAUGCCCGCCAAGAAGUGGCACUGGAGGGCCAGAACCUCGGCGCUCUACUUCAGCCACAACGUACCCGCCAGCCCCACGUACAGGGUUCUGUUCUGUAGUUCGGUUCUGAACCUGUGCGAGCUGGUGGGUCUUAGACCAGAUAUGGCCCGCUUGAAAAAGGUUCUGUACUUCCACGAGAACCAGUUGGUGUAUCCGGUGCGCAAAGAGCAGGAUCGGGACUUCCAGUACGGAUACAACCAGAUUCUUUCGUGCCUGGUGGCCGACACAGUGGUCUUCAACUCUGCCUUCAACAUGAACUCCUUCCUGUCGUCCAUCGCGUCCUUCUUGAAGAAAAUCCCUGACCAGCGGUCCCCCAAAGACGUGGCCCAGAUCAUCCGGCCCAAGUGCCGGGUUCUUUAUUUCCCGCUGCACUUGGCCAACGUCACCAGGCUGUUUCCCAAACACAAACUCUUGUGUGGAGUCACAGGCCCGUCUCACACGGGUGACAUCAUCGCCACGCUGACAGACAGCACUCUGCAAUCUGGUCUGGACCAACAAUCCAGUCUGAACAGGCAAUCUGGUCCGGACCGGCAGUCCGGUCUCGAGCAGCAAUACGGUCCGGACCACCGUCAGGACUCUCCUGGGAAGCCGCUGCACAUCGUUUGGCCUCACAGGUGGGAACAUGACAAGGAUCCUGAGCUGUUCUUCAGCACGAUGGUGAAGUUGAAAGAAGAAGGACUCAACUUCCUGUUGUCUGUACUCGGAGAAACAUUCACUGAUGUGCCAGAGGCAUUUUUGCUAAUGCUAAUGUUCGCAGAGGCGUUUGCGACCUGCCGCCCUCUGCUGGACUCACACGUGCUCCACUGGGGUUUCCUGGAGUCCCGAGAGGACUACGUGAGCGUUCUGUGCCAGGCCGACGUGGUCCUGUCCACCGCGCGACACGAGUUCUUUGGAGUCGCCAUGUUGGAGGCGGUGCACUGUGGCUGUUACCCUCUAUGUCCCAACGCUUUAGUUUACCCUGAAAUCUUCCCAGCCGAGUACCUGUAUGCCACCCCCCAGCAGCUUCUCAAACGGUUGCGCAACUUCUGCGCCCAGCCAAGACGCGCACGCGCACACGUACUUAAGGUGGACGUGUCGCGUUUCUCGUGGGACGUCCUCCAGGCGGCUUUCCAAAGUCUGCUGAGCUUAUGAGCACCCCAGCAGGCGGGAAACUUUUUCUUUUUCAUUGAACAGCUUCCUGUUUGAUCAUGUGAUCAUCAUUAAACGUGAAUAGCUGGCAAGUAAAGUAGAACGGCAGUCAACAAAAAAACUCCUUGAACAAUUGAAAAGUUCCCAAAGGGUUUUUCCCACAAGCAGGUUUUGCGAAAACUUAGAGGAAGCGAACCCUGACAUGAGGGAACGUCCCAAUUAUCCGCUCGGGUUCAAGAAAUUCCUAGUCUGUCUCCAUGGUAACAGACUCUGUGAAGCUAACUCGCUUGCUAGCAGGUUUUUGGGCCUCUCGGGACCUUUGACGCACCCUUUCUGAACUUUAUGGAAAAGGUCACGGGGACAAGGCAAGAGGAAAACCUGCUUCCUUUCCGACAUAGAAAAUGACGGCUCUAUUCAAAUGAGCGUCGGUCUAAAUUGUUUCCCCAACGAGAUUUUGCUAGAUAAUUUGGGUUGGAAAUGCCCACGAUGCCAUUUUUGAAGCUAUUCUAGUUCGUCUUUUACGCCUGGCAGAUGAGACGGUCAGAUUUUUAUUAAUAUUCGAUAUAUAAAUAAGCUAUGCACCAGGGUUAUAAUAGUUUUGGAUUUUCCAUUAUAGUUAGUUUUUAUUUCGUUUUGACUUUUUCAAAUUCAGUUAGUUUUACAGAGCUUCCAAAUGUUAUGGAACAUCAGAAUCAUCUUUAUUUGCUAAGUAUGUCCAAAAAACACACAAGAAAUUUGUCUCCGGUAAUUGGAGCCGCUCUAGUACGACAACAGACAGUCAAUUGAUAGAGAACACUUUGACACAUAAAGACAUUGAGAAAAACAGUCACUGAGCAAUAAAGGGUUGUUAGUUAUCUGGUAUUCUGGUAACAUCAGUAUUUCGUUACAGAAAUCACUGAACGUUGACUCGUUACGACCCUUACACUGAUUGUUCUGGAUAUUGGGGGGAAAAAAGCAUGUUUUGUGUGUAAUGUUGCGUGCGCGAGCGCCAGUCAGCGUUAUGUUCCGGAAGGUGCUGGCCGGCGAGUCCUUCAAGUUUUGCUUUCGGAGGAUUUGCUGCUCUCAUCAAAAAAUUCCACUUGGCGCCUCAAAGAAGAUUAAAGCGGAAUUACGACCUCAUCGCAAAUAAUCCUGGCAGCACGACAAGAGACAACCCCCAGGUCAAAGUUCACGCCUGGGCCCCAAUAACCUGACGUCCUGGACACUUGAUUGGGAACACCAUGUGCUUGCGGCUAACACGCUAAACAUUUGUUAGCCGUGCUGGCUAACAUUUUAAUGAC